AAAACCCACAGUCCCAUACACUGUUACACACAACAUCCUAACACAGGACUCAAGAUGGCGUUGUUGCUUCUACUGGCGAUGCUGACAGUAUGUGCUGCUGUUCCUCAAGACCUAACAGGUAAAAUGUUCACCUUCCCACAACAAACCAACACAGCUCAUGUGAGGCUGACUACAACAAGACAGAAUUUGAGGGCCGUAACCGUCUGUCUCAGGUCCUUCACAGACCUCCGUAGAACACAUAGCCUUUUCUCUUUGGCCACACCCUCUGCUUUCAAUGACUUCCUGAUUUUCAAGAACGCUCCAAGCGAUGAGUUUGGUCUCUAUGUCAGAGAUAAACAUGUAACUUUUGUAGGUAACAACUACAAAAUAAACACAUGGCACUCAGUUUGUUCAACAUGGGACUCAACAUCUGGAGUGGUGCAACUGUGGUUAGAUGGAAAGCCCUCAAUUAGGAAAUUUGUCUCCUCUGGAUCCAACAUCAACGGGCCCAUUAUAAUUGUUUUAGGACAGGAGCAGGAUACGCAUGGUGGAGGGUUUGAUGCUGCACAGUCUUUCGUUGGCAUGAUGUCUGAUGUCCACAUGUGGGACUAUACCCUCAACCCCUAUGAGAUCCAGAAGUAUGCAGAGCAUCUUAACUACACUCCAGGGAAUGUGCUCAACUGGGGUAGGCUGGAGUUCCAGACCAUAAACCGAGUGCUGAUAGAAGACAGGCAAAAGACUUGUGUCUGAACUUUUGAAGCUGUUGAAGCUGUAAAUGUCUUCCAAUGUCAAAAACAGGUUUAAAAAAAAUACUAAUAGAAUAAUGUAAAACUAAUUGGAGACUGUUUUCAGUUUUUUAUUCCUCAUUUAUUGUCAUUAUUAUCUUAUGUUAUAUUUGUUUGUCAGAUCAUUGCAAAAAAAAAACCUUUUUUACUUUUCUUUGUUUCUCUGAUCUUUUGGCUGUGUGUUGCCAGCAUUAAUUGUUUAAUGUGUUCACUCAUAUUCAUAGUGUGAUGAAUUUGAGUUAUCUCUCAUUUGUGACUGCCUUUAAUGGUAAUACAUGUAUUUGAAGAAGUUGUUUUAUAAGGUUGCAUUAUGUUAAAAAAAAACUUAACAAUGAAAUGUUAUAUGUAAUGUGCUGUGAAUAAUAAAUUGGUUAUGUAAAAACUC